AUGACUGCUCAACGGGCCGCACUCUUGAUCGGCAAAUUGUCGCACACUCGCAAAGAGUGGGAGGCUCUGGCAUCGCUCGUCAAAUUGAAGGUAUGAUCCAGGUAUGAGAUCAGGUCUUUGGGAACCGCGUAGCUAACAGCUUUAUAGGAAUACGAGAGCGGUUCGAGGGAGGAUUUCAUCAAGCGAUGUAAAGCGGGAGAAUUUGACGAUGUCAUUGGACUUUACCGAUCGAACGAUUCGACAGCCAUCACGGGACCUUUUGAUGAAGAGUUGGUAUCUGCUUUGCCAAAGAGCUUGAAGUACAUUGCGCACAAUGGAGCUGGAUACGACAAUAUCAACGUGCCCGCAGUGACCGAGCGGAAUAUCGAAGUGAGCAGCACGCCCAUUGCGGUGAAUGAUGCUACUGCAGAUAGUAAGUCGAACCUACCUCCUACCCCGGUCAAGUUUCACGAUGUCUUCCGACGUUGUCGUAUUUUUGGAGGACCAAUAAUGACCGUGUGUUACAGUUGCAAUGUUCCUCAUCCUGGGCGCGCUCCGACGGGUUACAAUACCUUUCACCGCUGUUCGAAAGCAAGAGUGGAGAGGCAAGAACUUCGGUCUUGGUCAUGAUCCCAAGAAGAAAGUUCUGGGAGUCCUCGGAAUGGGCGGGAUUGGACAAGCCGUGGCGCACCGAGCGAAGGCUUUCGGCAUGACGAUACAGUACUACAACCGCAAUCGCCUUCCGGAGAAGGAAGAGCAGGGAGCGAAAUACGUCUCCUUCGACGAGCUCAUGAAGACGUCUGACGUGCUCAGUCUCAACUUGGCUCUCAACCCUUCCACGAGACACGUUAUCGCCGCACCGCAAUUCGCACAGAUGAAAGACGGAGUUGUCAUCGUGAACACCGCCCGCGGACCGAUCAUCGACGAAGCGGCACUCGUAGACGCCCUGAACUCCGGCAAGGUAUUCUCCGCGGGUCUGGAUGUCUUUGAAGAGGAACCCAAGAUCCACCCGGGCCUGCUUGAGAACGAGAACGUGGUGCUCCUGCCGCACAUUGGUACCGCAACGGCUGAGACUCAGAAGGAUAUGGAACUCUUGGUGCUCGACAAUUUGAAGAGCGCGAUUGAGGGUAAGGGUCUGAUCACGCAGAUUCCGGAGCAGAAGGGGAAGAAGUAG